AAUUAUUAUAUUGUCUAGGAGCAGAACAUUCAUUAGCUGUCAAGUACCCAAGAGAAAAACAUGUGAAGAUAUUAUGAAAAUUAUUGCAUACAAGUUGCAAAAAUCAUAAUAUAUUAAUGUAAUAUUGAACAAUAUACUAAAAUCAAAUAUGGCAUUACGUUAUUUAAAAUGUUUCGAUAGGAUUACAUCAUUAAAAACUGCUUAUGGUAAUUUCAUUAACAUUCGCAAUAUUUCCCACUCGACUGCUAUAAAUAAAUUCAAUUCUACCCCUAUAAAGGCCAAGUAUGACCCAUGUAUCACCCAACAUUUAUCCGCUAAAAAUGAUCUAACAAUAAAUGUCGGAAAUUUUAUAAUACCUUUACCUGCUAUUGAUAUACCGACAAUAAAAGAGGUAAUAGAUACAACAGUGCACAAAUCACCACUUAUUGAUAUUUGUAAGAACAGUAAUGAUUCUUUCGAAUUACCAAAUAAUACUGUAUCAGAUAGCAAAGGUAUUCAAGCAGCCAGAUUGAUUGUUAUUCGUAGAAGAAAAAUGAAGAAACAUAAACUAAGAAAGCUCAGAAAGAAGAUGAAAUUUGAAUGGGCCAAGGUUCGUCAAAGACGUGAACUGCGCAAGGAAAAGGCUUUUCAAGCAAUGCUUCUUACUCAAAUAAGAGAAGCAGAAAAGUUUUCAGCUGAACAAUAUGUCUCUGAAAAAAUUAGACAAGCUACAGAGACACCAAUUCCAAGGUUCUGGAAGGGAAAGAGAUUACCACAAUUUAUCAUCAAACAAAAACUUGGAAUAAAAUAAAUUGUAUCAAAGUAAUUUUUUAUGAUCAAAUUGAUUUUAAGGUUUGAUUAUUAUUAUUGUUUAUUACUUGUAUUGUUUUGUAAUAUAUAUUCAAGCUGG